UUUUUGAUUAAUAAAUUUAAAAUUUGCACCAAAACGCGUCAAAGUGUCAUGGCGUCGCUUGCUUACGUCACUUUAGAGUACAAGGAACAUUCGGUAUAUGUAAACAUUAUCUAAUUCAUAUUUAAUUUGGACAUUUUACUAGUUUUUACAUUAAAAACAUGACUUCGAAAGCAUAUCGGUGGUGUUCCGUCCCUCUGUGUACUAAUACGUCCAUAAAAACUCCUGAGAAGUUAUUUAUUUUCGUUCCUUUCGAUAAGAAAUUAAGAAAGAAGUGGCUUGAACUUGCAAGACGUGAUUUGGAAGGAAUAUUACCCACUACACAGCUUUAUUUUUGUGAAGAUCACUUUGACGUAAGUAUUUCCUUUUUUAUUUUGUAGAAUUUUGUUGCUAAAUUCAUUAUAAGCUAAUUUUAUGGGAAGAAGUAAACAUUGAUAUACAAACUUUUUGGAGGUUAUGAUUCUCUUACUCACUGUUACUUAUUAUAAUCAAAUCCUCAAUGAAUGAGCUAUUAAAAAGGUAUUUUAUUUCAUUUUCAGUUACCAAAUUAUAUGGCAAACUACAUGGAGUAUCAUGUGAUGGGGUCAGUGUCGCAGAUUCGCAUGAAACCUGGGUGCGUUCCCUCAAAAUUUGAAUGCCAACCUGACAGAAGAAAACGAACUUCCGACUCAAACGAAAGGAAAUAUAGUGCGAAAAAGCAAAGAAGAGAAGUCGUUGCAGAAGCUGAGCAAGAAUUACAAAAUAAAACAACUACAACUUGUUCUGUUGCAACAGAACAGCUAGAACUUGAAGACCCAACCCCCGGAACAUCAGCCAUGCAGGAAAGUACUACAAAAGAUGCACCUAAGAUGGUAAAUAAAUCCAUUCAAGUGUAUAUAACAAAUAAGUUCAGAAGUAAAGCUGUUCAAACAGAAAUAAAAUCAGUAGAUCAGAUGACUUCACCAUCGAAACCCUUUUGUCGUUCUGCUUUUACUUCACCAUUUAAAAUCACAAGUACCAAGCCAUCCAUAUCCACCAUACAAAAAUGUUCCAAGAAAAUAGGAUUUCAGGCAGAUUCUGACAGUGAUAUUUCAUACACACCAUCUGUAGCACAUAGUGAAUCACCAUCAGUGACAUCUUUAAAAAUUAAAUCGUCUUCAGACUGCAGUGAAUUAAUUGAAGACGAUAAGAAACAAGAGGCAUCAAGAAUCUUGGCAUAUACAUUGCAGAAAAUAAAAAAGAACCCACGGUCUUACAUUGGAGUUCCUAACAGUUGUUACUACCUUAUAGAUUUAAUUGAAAAAAAGUUAAAUAUUCCCACACACCAUAUAAUAAUGUGCUUGAAAAAAAUUAAAUUAAAUAGUAGUUUCAGAGAGCUUUCUGAUGAUUUUUCUAUUGAUCCGACAUAUGCCAGCAAGAUAUUUCUGAAAAAUAGUGCUAGUUUGAUGCGACCUUUUCUUGUUGUCUUAGAUAAAGAUUCCAUAAGAAAAAAUUUGCCUAUGGCCUUUAGGCAUAAAUAUUACAAUGUAACUUGUAUUAUAGACUGCUUAGAAAUUGAGAUAGAAAAGCCUUCAAAAGCAGUGAACCAGGCUCUCUCCUGGUCAGAAUACAAAAAAGCUAAUACGAUAAAGUAUCUUGUGUCUUGUACUCCUAAUGGACUAAUCAAUUACAAUUCUCCAGGAUAUGGAGGAAGAAUUACUGACACAUUGUCGGUCGAAUCUUGUGAUUUUAUAAAGUGUUUGCAACCAGGUAUGCGUGUGAUGGCUGACAGAGGUUUCAAAUAUGUACAACAAUAUUUAAGAAAACAGGGAGUGAACUUAGUACGACCUCCAAGUGUUGCAACUGGUACAAAGCUAUCAAAACAUGAGGCAAGGGAAACAAAACAAAUUGCAAGCUUAAGGAUUCAUGUGGAGAGAGUGAUUAGACGCCUACGUGAAUUCUGUUUGUUAAAGCCGCAUGCAUGUGUAAAUGUUAAUUUAGUCAAAUUGCUAGAUGAUGUUAUAACCAUUGCCUGUGGAUUGAUUAACUUACAAGAUUCUUUGAUCAAAUAAAUAUACAUGUUUGUUUGAUCAAAGAAUCUUGUAAGAUCAAAUCAAUCAGCUUGAUCAAGAAUAUAUGCCAGUUCAGUUUCAGAAUAAUGUUAGAUUCAGUUUCUGAAAUCCUGUUUGACUGUACAAUUUUGAGUGCAAGUUAUUGUAUUAUGCAGAUAAUUAAACAAAGAAUCAGUAUUAUUUCUAAGUUCAUUGUUACUUUGCUUAAACUCGUUUGUUUAAUAUGAGCUAGUCUAACAUAAAACAUUGAUAUAAGUGAAUGUAAAUGAAUAUUUAUAUAGUGUUGUAAAUUAGUAUAUAAUGUGUGA